ACGUUUGGUACCAAGAAUAAUUUGCACCUAAAUUAGUGUUGUAAACAGACUUUGAUGAGCGGAAAAAAUAGAUUUGUUUGGGAAAAAAUCUGAACUAUUUUAGCCAAAUUUAAGUGACUUUCAUCGUUAAAAGGAUUUGAAAUUUCAGAAAAUGACCGAUCAGAAGAAUAUUUUUACAUUCAAAGAUGAAAGACCCCAACAAUGUCCAUCAUUAGAAUACAGUACAGAUUUGUUACAGAAUAAAGUGCCAUUGGUAAUAGAUAAUGGUACAUAUCAAUGCAGAGCUGGCUGGGCCACCAAUGAUAAACCACAGCUAGUGUUCAAGAAUAUAACCGCUAAACCAAGGGGUAAAAAGGAGACAGACAUACAAGUAGGAAAUGAAAUAAAUACAACUGAGGUUGCAAAAUGGUUAAUUAGGUCACAGUUUGAUAGAAAUGUUGUGACAAUGUAUGAUGUUCAGGAACAAAUAUUUGAUUAUAUAUUUUCACAUCUUGGUAUGAACACAGAUGGGUAUAUUGACCACCCUGUGGUGUUGACGGAGCCUGUAUGCAAUCCCAACUACUGUCGUCAGCAAAUGUCAGAACUUUUAUUUGAAUGUUACAACAUACCUCAAGUUACAUAUGGUAUUGAUGCCAUGUUCAGUUUGUAUGCUAACCACGACAGGAUGGAAGAUAUAAACUCACUCAUAGUUUCCUGUGGUUACCAAACUACACAUUUACUUCCUGUACUUGGUGGACGUCUGGACCCAUCACAAUGUCGAAGGAUUAAUCUAGGAGGAUAUCACCUAGAAACAUUCAUGCAGAGACUUCUACAACUCAAAUAUCCAGGACAUUUUGCAGCUGUGUCACUAAACAGGGCUGAGGAAUUAGUGAGAGAUCAUUGUCACCUAGCAACAGAUUACAAUGCAGAUUUACAUGAAUGGGUUUCCAAUGACUAUUAUGACGAUAAUGUACACAAGAUACAACUUCCCUACACUAAUGCCCCAGGAAACCAGCUAUCAGCAGAGCAAACUAAAGAAAGAAGAGAGCAACAAAUCAAAAGAUUGAAAGAAGUAACAGCAAAAAGGAGAAUGGAAAAAUUAGCAUCAGAAGAACAGAAGUUACAAGAAUUAAUGAGUAUCCAAGAAUUGUUGGAAGAUGAAGAUGAUGAUGAAGCAUUUGAUCGAGCUUUACAGAAUACAUCAUUUGAUACACCAGAAGAAUUACAAUCAGAAAUAAACAGAUUAACAAUAGCAAUACAGAGAAAUAGAGCUAAAGUUCUUGGGAUAGAGCCACCUCCAGUCGAAGAGCCUAAGAAAACAGUUUAUGACCUUUUAGAAAUCCCUGAUGACCAGUUGACUGCUGACCAGCUACUGACCAAGAAAAAACAAAGAAUGUUGAAGAAUGCCAGAGAGGGAAGGCUUAGAACACAAGCUUUACAGAUAGAAAAAAGACAAAAGGAGCUGGAAGAAGAGAGAAAAUUGGAACAGAGAAGAAUGAAGGAUUUCAAUGGAUGGUUACAGGAAGUUAGAGGGAGGAGACAGAAAUUACUAGAUGCCAGAUCAUCAAGAAAACAGAAGAAAUCAGACAUGGCAAAGAGGAGGACAUUAGCUUCUCAACAGAGAAUGAAAAUCAUAACACAGUUAGCUGCAGGAGAAAGUGGUUCGGCAAAGAAGAAAGUAGAUACAUUUGGACAGAAUGAUGCGGACUGGGAUGUUUAUAAGGAAAUUCAUCCACAAAAUGCAGACAGUGAUUCAGAAGUGGAAGAAGAACAGAUAGAAGAAUUAGAGGCCAUGUUGAGGGAACAUGAUCCAGAGUUUCAGAAAGAAUUAGACCUGGGAGGUUCUGAGGAAUUUGAUAUUGCUGAAUAUUACAGACUCCACCUGGCAAUAGAAAGAGUAAGGGUACCAGAACUAUUAUUUCAGCCAUCAAUGAUUGGUGUAGAACAAGCUGGUAUUGUAGAAACUAUGGACUUUUUAUUGCAUAAAUAUGACCAAGAAAAACAGAAACUGCUAGUUCAGAAUGUUUUCCUAACUGGUGGUAAUGCAUUGUUUAUGAAUUUCAAGGAGAGAUUAGAAAAAGAGUUGUUAGAGAUGAGGCCAUUCCAAUCAAUGUUCUCAGUUACCAGAGCAGUUGAUCCAGUAUUAGAUGCCUGGAAAGGAGCAAGAAAAUUUUCCAUUUCACCAGACCGGUCUCUUUACAGUAUGACAAAGGCAGACUACACAGAAAUGGGAGGAGAAUACCUUAAAGAACAUUCACUUUCUAACAGAUACUUCCCUUCUCCUGUAUCAAUAAAAUUAGAAAAAUAAUACUAAGUAGUUUUUGUUUCACCUUGACAAAGUUGAAAAAAGUAAAACUUAGGUGUACUGUUUCCAGCGGCAGCAGUGUCAACAAUGUAUUAAUUUGUGAUUAGGUCAGUUCAAGGGGAACCACUAUUGGUAUAACAAUGAUAUUUGGUAUGCAGUUGUAUAAGCAUUGGUACAUCUCAUUUCCAUGGAGAUUAUUUGGCCCUGACUUUGGAACUUUUGCAUAGUUCAAAUUUUAAAGUUUGUGAUUAGGUCAGUUUCAGAUCUAGAUGAACCAGUAAGUUAUAUUUGGUAUGCACUUGAAUUAGCAUUUGCAUUUCUCAUUUCUAUGGAGAUUAUUUGAACCCGACCCCUCAUCAUGGUUUAUUGACUUUGGAUCUUUUCCACACUGUAAAUUCAGAAAUUAUAUCGUGGAUUUUAUUAAUGUGAAUAAUGCGACUGGGUGAGUAUUGCAAUAUUAGAACCUGCAUUCUGAUAUCUGCAGUAUGCAGAUUUUCCUGAAAUUGCAAAAAUAAACUUGCAUUUUUGUCCAUUCUUCAUAAAUCGCAAUAAUAAGUGCAUGCAAUAAUUUCUGAAUUUACAGUAGCUUACAUGUUAAAAUUCUGUUUAGGUUAGUUUAAAGGGAACUACUUAUGAUAUGUCAUAAAGGUGAGACAUAUCUCUUUAUUGUCCCCUGCGCAAUGCUUUACAGGGGAACAUAGAAAUACCGGUGUUUGUCCGUCCGUCCGGUCUUGUUAGCGCUCUCACGUGUACAAUUCUUGGCAGAUUUCUAUAAAUCUUAUAUCAUAGGUUUAUAUCAGCAAUGUCUCGAACAAGUUCAAAAAUCAGUGCCGAUCAAUUAUUUUUCAUAGAAUUAUGACCCUUGGAAACAUUAAAUAUAUGGAAAAUUGCAUCAUUAGCACUCUCAUGUGUACAAUUCUUGCCAGAUUUUUAUUAAACUUAUAUUGUAGGUUUAUAUCAGCAAUGACUCAGCUGAGUUCGAAAAUCAGUGCUGAUUAAUUAUUUUUAAAAGAGUUAUGCCCCUUGGAAAUAUUAAUUAUAUGGAAAAUUACAUGGUUUGUGCUCUCAUGUGUACAAUUCUUGCCAGAAUUUUAUGAAAUUUAUAUCAUAGGUUUAUAUCAGCAAUGUCUUUGACACUUUCGAAAAUAAGUGCUGAUCAAAUAUUUUUAACAGGUUAUGCCCCUUGGAAAUAUUAAUCAUAUUUGAAAUCACAUUGAAUUUGCUCUGAAGCAUUCAUUUCUUUAAGAUAUUUAUGAGCAGUUUUAAAGAACAAAAAAAAAGUGUAUGUAUUAGUUAUUGCCCUUGAUCCUUGGAUAGAUAAAAUAUGUGCAAUUCGGGGGACAUUGGAACUCUGUUCUUUUAUUACAUUGGUUGCAAUGAAUUACUGUGAUUUCCCAAUAAACAACAUUUUCACAA